AAAAAUCGCAAACUUGGGAACGAUCAGAAUCAGCGGAUACUCUGGUUGGAUCUUCUCUUCUCCCCCGAAAACCCUAGCAAGCAUUUUGGAUAUCGGAUCGCGAUGCUGAUGGUUCCGUCAAAGGUCGCCGGCCAUACCCGGUUCUUGCUCGAGAGUUUUAAUGGUUCCGAUGUCGACUCAAUCGCUCAAGAGAUCUGUCAGUUGGUUGAUGUUGGUAUUGAGACAAGCAUUCCAGCUCUCAAGACGUGCAUAGAUUGCUUCACCGUCCGGAGAAGCCAUCCUAAUGCGUUGCAGCUUGAGAAACUUGUAUCCUUGGUCUUCAAACGCGUUUUGAACAACUCUAAUAAUCUCCAAACCCUGAUUUCUCACGCACUCCAAGAUGUUGAGGUCACUGACGAUUUUGUGGAUGAUUUGACCAAUGCGUUGGGCUUUUCAAUCCCUGAGAAAGUUAGCGUUGCUCUGGUCCUCGCCGAUUCUGAAAGAUCCGAUGCAAAGUCAAGUGGACGAAACUUAUUAUUGGCCGAGAUCGAGCAACUGUGUGCCACUCCUGGCCAGCUCGAGUCAACUGAGCAAAUUCAGAAUGUUGUCUUGUUUCUCCAGCAAUCUGAGGACCUCUCCAGCCAUUUGGAUUCCUUCCUCCGUAUCCUCUCUUCUGCUCAACCUCGAGAUGACUUCUCUUUUGCUCUUACGCCUUUCCUUUCUCCUCAAGAUCACCAAUCUUAUGUUUUCAGUGACAACGAGAUUGAGGCUAUCCUUGAUGAAAUCGAUAAGGAACUUGCUGUUGGAGAUCUCAUGGGUGAAUUAGGUUGUGGUCUCACUGCUGAUGCCCAGCAAUGCAAAGAGAUCUUGUCUACUUUCGCACCAUUAAGAGAGGCUGCUAUCGCCAGAACUCUUGCAAAUGUCGCUCGUGCAUGUCCUGAUCGUGAAGAUAAUCACACCACCUUUCCAACAUUCGCUCUGGCCCUUGGAUGCUGCCUUCCAACUGAACUUCCCACGCCAAGGUCGUGGAAUGCUGACAUCUUAAUCGAAACAAUCAUCCAGCUUGCUCCUGCCACAAGCUGGAGGAAAGUAAUCGAGAAUCUCGACCAUAGUGGAUUUGACAUCCCUAAUAUGGAGUCUUUCUCGUUUUUCAUGCGCCUAUAUAAAACUGCUUGCAAGGACCCAUUUCCUCUGGAUGCUGUAUGCGCUUCUGUCUGGAAAAAUAUGGAAGGUCAAUUAUCCUUUCUUAAGCAUGCAAUAGCCGCCCCACCAGAAGUGUUCACCUUUACGCAUUCUCCAAAGAAGCUGGUAUAUGUUGAUAAUAACAUGCACAGCCAUGAGCAACAAUUAGGACUUUCCAAUCAAGCUUGGCUAUCUCUCGAUCUCUUAGAUGUGUUAUGCCAGCUGGCCGAGAGAGGUCAUACUGUUUUAGUUAGUUCGCUGCUCCAUUAUCCACUCACACAUUGUCCUAAAACCCUGCUUCUUGGAAUGGCACACAUCAAAACUGCCUAUAAUCUCAUCCAGCGAGAGGUGCUUUCUGUUGUUUUCCCACUGAUAAUAACGAAUUCCCAGGAUAGUGGUUUUAUCCUUCAUCUCUGGCAUCAAAAUGCUGAGCUCGUUCUGUGGGGGAUUUUAAAUGCCCAAAAUCUUAAAGUAGACAGCAUACUCAGAAUAAUUGAAAUCUGCCAUGAGCUCAAGAUUCUCUCUGUCGUUUUAGAAUCAGUUCCAGUCUCAUUCAGCAUCAGAUUGGCAGCCCUUGCCUCACUGAGAGGAUUUUUGGACAUUGAGAACUGGCUGCCAAACUGUCUAUAUGUGUAUAAGGACACCUUUGCUGUGGAGUGUCUCAAAUUUGUCAAGAAUGUGCAUUUUAGCCAAUCGGAGGAUUUUACUUCCAAAUAUUUCCAUCCGUCUGAUCCUUUAUCAGAUCUUCAUUUGGAUGCAACAGCUUUGCUUUUGAAAGUUUUGAAAGCUCAUGAUAAUGUGAUUACUUCAUCUCAACUGGUAGAAGAUAUAGAAAAAGUAAAUGCAGCAAUCUUGGAUUGUAAUUCGAAACUGCAGAAUGGCGAAGCUAAAGAUUCAUCAGCGUCCAAUGCAUAUGGAGAAGAUGUUGAGGCAGAAGCAAACGCUUAUUUUCAUCAAAUGUUUUCUGGUCAGCUGAGUGUUGAUGCUAUGGUUCAAAUGCUUUCCUUAUACAAGGACUCUUUGGUUCAGAGGGAAAAAUCAAUUUUUGAAUGCAUGAUUGAUAAUCUAUUUGAGGAAUAUCGUUUUUUCCCCAAGUAUCCCGAGAGGCAGCUGAAAAUAGCUUCCAUUCUCUUUGGUUCUGUUAUCAAGCACCAGCUUAUAAGCUCAAUCACAUUGGGUAUGGCACUGCGUCUAGUCUUGGAUUCUUUGCGUAAACCUGCAGAUUCAAAAAUGUUUCUCUUUGGAAGCAAAGCUCUGGAACAGUUUGUGAAUCGUCUGGUUGAAUUGCCUCAGUACUGCAACCAUAUUUUACAAAUAUCUCAUCUGCGUAGCACUCAUCCCGAGUUAGUCACUGUUAUUGAACAAGCACUUUCAAGGAUAUCAUCUGGUAAUUUAGAGUCAGAUGCCUCUGUUUCGCACCCUGGUCUUUCACAGUCUUUCCCUGGAAAUGGCGAGUUUGGUUCUGGAAUUGGUCAAUCUGCGUUGCAACUUCCUUCUCCUGUGCUGCCUCAACAGACAAAUGAAGUGCAUAUUGAUGACCGCAGCAGAGUACCAAGUGUUCCAUCUAACGAAGCAAAGCCGCUUCUGCCGUCAUCAUCUAACAUUUCCGUUGAUGUUUCUGUCACUCCUAAGAAUCCUGGCAUUUCGACUUCUUCAUCAACCUCAGCUGGUUUUGUUCGUCCAGCUCGUGGAGCUACUUCGACGAGGUUUGGCUCUGCUUUGAACAUAGAAACCCUGGUUGCAGCAGCAGAGAGAAGGGAAAACGCAAUAGAGGCUCCACCGUCAGAUGUUCAGGACAAAAUUUCAUUCAUAAUCAAUAAUAUAUCUUUAGCCAACAUUGAAUCUAAAGGGAAAGAUUUUGCUGAGAUUUUGCCUCAGCAGUACUAUCCUUGGUUUGCACAGUAUAUGGUUAUGAAAAGAGCAAGCAUCGAGCCCAAUUUUCAUGAUUUGUACUUAAAGUUCCUGGACAAAGUUGAUUCCAAGCUGUUAUUUAAGGAGAUACUUCAAAAUACUUACGAAAAUUGCAAGCGAUCCCUGCUUAAAAAUUUAGGCAGUUGGCUUGGAAAGUUGACCAUUGGAAGGAAUCAUGUUUUAAGGGCGCGAGAAAUAGAUCCAAAAUCCUUGAUUGUGGAGGCUUAUGAAAAAGGGUUGAUGAUAGCAGUAAUUCCAUUCACUUCAAAGGUUCUUGAACCAUGCCAAAACAGUAUUGCGUAUCAGCCUCCCAAUCCUUGGACGAUGGCUAUACUUGGGUUACUCGCUGAGAUCUAUUCAAUGCCAAACCUAAAAAUGAAUCUGAAGUUUGAUAUAGAGGUUCUAUUCAAGAACCUUGGUGUUGAUUUGAAAGAAGUAGCGCCAACUUCCCUUCUAAAGGAUCGGAAGAGAGAAAUAGAUGGGAAUCCUGAUUUUAGUAACAAAGAUCUUGGAGUAACACAUAUAUCUCAACCACCGAUAAUCCAGGAGCCUAAAACAAUUUCUCCUCUUAAGCAAAUAGACCUACCUAUUGAUGUAGCAAAUACAGACAUUCCCUCAAAGUUAUUAUCACAGUAUGUAGCCCCACAACGUGUGUAUGCUAAUACUUUGAUGGAAGACGAAAAAGUGGCAACUUUAGGCUUGCCUGAUCAGCUCCCGUCACCUCAAGGACUGUUCCCGUCAAGUCCAUCCCCAUUGUUUUCUACUAGCCAGCCACCAGCGCUUCCCAACAUUGGAAAUCAUGUGGUUAUCAAUCAGAAAUUAAGCGGAUUUGGUACGCACUUUCCAUUUCCGAGAGUGGUACCACUUGCCAUGGAUAGAGCUAUCAAAGAUAUUGUGUCUGGUAUUGUUCAGAGAAGUGUUUGCAUUGCUUGCCAAACAACAAAAGAGCUUGUUCUGAAGGAUUAUGCCUUGGAACCAGAUGAGACACGUAUAUAUAGUGCAGCUCACUUGAUGGUAGCGAGUUUAGCUGGGAGUUUGGCUCAUGUGACGUGCAAGGAACCCCUGCGCACUUCAAUUUCAGGUCAUCUGCGGAGUUCGCUCCAGGGGAAUAUUAAAAAUGAAGCUCUUGAACAAAUUGUGCAACUUGUGACCAAUGACAACCUUGAUCUGGGUUGUGCUGCCAUUGAGCAGGCGGCUACAGAGAAGGCAGUACAAACUAUUGACGCGGACAUUGCCCAGCAAUUGUUGUUACGGAGAAAGCCCAGAGAUGGGGCUGGAUCCUCCCUAUCGCAAAAUUCUGUCAGUUUUAUACCAGAGUCCCUCCGCCCCAAACCGGGACAGCUGUCCCUGUCUCAACAGCGAGUUUAUGAGGACUUUGUUCAACUUCCUUGGCAAAAGCAGUCAACCCACACUUCACACGGUUUAUCUGCUGCUUCAAGCUCAUCUGGUGAGGUUGGGCUUGGUAGUAAUUAUGGUCCAGUAUCAGGAAAAAGUGCUUCGGACUCUUUGUCUGGUGCUGAACACGCCCGGAUGGAUAUGGUCUCCCGGGCAUCAGAUCUUUCUGUGGAGGGUUUUGAAUCUCCAGUUUCACUUUUAAGCUCACAAGUUGAUCCAGCUGGUGAAACAGGCGAUCUUCAGUUCUCUAAUUCCAUUUCGACUUCUGAGUUGAGCCUGGUUGAAUCCUCCGACACUGCUAUGAAAGAAACUGGAACAUCAUUGCAGACAUUGACUUCAGCUGCUACCAUGGAGCGUCUUGGUGGAAGUAAUAUCACCCAGCCUUCUCUGUCCACGAGAGAUGCACUGGAUAAGUAUCAUAUUGUUAUGCAGAAGAUGGAGGACUUAGUGGCUAAUAAUGCAGGAGAUGGUGAAAUUCAGGUUGUAGUUUCUGAAGUUCCUGAAAUGAUCCUCAGAUGUAUCAGCAGAGAUGAAGCAGCUCUGGCUGUCGCUCAAAAAGCUUUCAAGGCUCUUUAUGAGAAUGCAUCAAGUAGUCUUCACGUCAGUGCUAACCUAGCAAUUCUUGUGGCUAUUCGUGAUGUUUGCAAGCGUGUUGUUAAAGAGCUAACUAGUUGGGUGAUUUAUUCAGAGGAGGAGCGGAAGCUCAACAAGGAUAUAACUAUCGGUCUUAUCCAACGCGAGUUGCUUAACCUAGCGGAGUACAAUGUCCACAUGGCGAAGCAUCUUGAUGGAGGGAGAAACAAGAGAGCCACUGACUUCUCUAUUUCUCUGCUCCAAUCCUUGGUCACUGAGGAGUCGAGUGUCAUUUCAGAGCUACACAGUCUUGUUGAUGCACUGGCAAAGCUUUCCUCAAAAUCCGGAUCUCCUGAGUCAUUGCAACAACUAAUUGACAUCAUACGAAAUCCAGUUACUAAUACAAGUGGUCUCUCUGAUAGUGCAUCCGGAAACGAGAACAAUGAUAGACAAUCGAAGGAUGAAAAGGUUGUGUGCAAUACAACUGCUAACACAGAAGAGAAUGCCAGCUGGGAAUACGUGGACGCAGAUCCUGCGGGUUUCCGGAAUCGGGUGUCCACGCUUUUUAAAAAUUGGUAUCAAAUUUGCGAAGUUUCCGGUGCAAAUGAAACCGCUUGUUCACAAUAUGUCUCGCAUUUGCAUCAGACUGGACUACUUAAGGGAGAUGAUACAACAGAGAGUUUUUUCAGAAUUCUUCUGGAACUCUCUGUUGCUCAUUGUAUAUCUUCUGAAGAAAUCAGUUCUGGAGCUGGGCAAUCUCCUCAGCAAGCUCAGAGUCCAUCAUUCCUUAUUAUCGAUAUUUAUGCAAAGCUUGUUUUUUCAGUAUUGAAGUAUUUCCCCGAACAGGAGUCUAGCAUCAAGUUAUUUCUUCUUUCGGAGAUCAUGGCUGUAACUGUGAGGUCUAUUCAGAAGGACGCCGAAGAUAAAAAGACGUCACUCAAUCCAAGACCAUAUUUUAGAUUGUUCAUCAACUGGCUGCUGGACUUAUGUUCCCUGGAUCCUGGGACUGAUGGAACAAACUUUCAGGUUCUAACAGCUUUUGCCAAUGCAUUCCACGCGUUGCAGCCUCUUAAGGUUCCCGCUUUCAGCUUUGCAUGGCUAGAGCUGGUCAGCCACAGAAGCUUCAUGCCUAAGAUGCUUACAGUAAAUGGCCAGAAGGGUUGGCCAUAUGUGCAACGCCUGCUGGUUGACUUGCUCCAGUUUCUUGAGCCAUUUUUGAGAAAUGCUGAACUCGGAGGACCAGUUAAUUUCCUAUACAAAGGGACAUUGAGAGUGUUGCUGGUGCUGCUUCAUGACUUCCCGGAGUUCCUCUGUGAUUAUCAUUUUACUUUCUGUGAUGUGAUUCCUUCAAGUUGCAUACAAAUGCGAAAUAUUAUUCUCAGUUCUUUUCCACGGAACAUGAGGCUUCCAGAUCCCUCUACGCCAAAUUUGAAGAUUGAUUUACUGCCUGAGAUAGUAGAAGCUCCAUGUAUCCUUUCCGGGGUUGAUGCUGUGCUUAAAGCGAAGCAAAUGAAGAAUGACGUGGACGAGUAUCUCACUUUGAGGCAACAGAAUUCAACUUUCCUAAGUGAGUUGAAGCAGAAGCUGCUUCUCUCGUCCAACGAGGCCGGCUCAGCUGGAACCCGUUACAAUGUACCAUUGAUCAACUCGCUUGUGCUAUAUACUGGAAUGCAGGCUAUUCAGCAGCUACAAGCGGGUGAGACUCAGGCUCAAAAUGUGGUGGCCUUGCACAUGUUCAAGUAUUUAAGUAUGGAACUAGAUACGGAAGGGCGCUACUUGUUCCUCAACGCGAUCGCCAAUCAGCUUCGAUAUCCCAACAACCACACUCAUUAUUUCUCCUUCAUCAUGCUCUAUCUCUUCUUCGAGUCUAACCAGGAGAUCAUCAUACAGGAGCAGAUAACAAGAGUGUUGUUGGAAAGGCUAAUUGUGAACCGGCCGCAUCCUUGGGGACUCCUAAUAACGUUCAUCGAGCUCAUCAAGAAUCCAAGAUAUGGCUUCUGGCAACAUGCCUUCAUCAGGUGUGCUCCUGAAAUUGAGAAGCUCUUUGAAUCGGUCGCUAGAUCCUGUGGUAGUCUCAAGCCAGUAGUUGACGAGGGAAUGGUCUCCGGUUGGGCCGACAACAAUCACUAGCUUGUCUUUUCUUCUCCUUUCAAUUUGUAAUAUGUGCCUGAUUUGGUAUUCAUUACCAUACGACAUAGUCGGUAUUUCAGUAUUUAAAGUUUUACAUUUUCUAAGUUUAUUUGAAGAGUAAUUGCACUCCCUGUAUAAGAAAAACUGCUUAAUUUGCAAAUGUGGAAAGUCAACUGUAGAAACA